AGAUCUAGGUCACUGGGACCUGCAGAUGCUAUAAAUGGACUGUCUCUGCUUAAAAUUGAUUGGAUUCUUAGCUGGUAUCUUCAGAGAGCCACCUGAAGAAUAUUCAUGGAACAUUCUGAGAAAAAGACACUUACCCCAAACCAAUAGGAUCUUCUUGGGACGACCGGUGUGCGCCGCCUGUACGGCGCUGGGCGGCCGCUGCCAGGGACACCGCAUCCGCCCGGCGGAGGAGAGCGCAGAAGAGCUGCGGAACAAGAUCGUGGACCAGUGUGAGAGGCUGCAGUUACAAAGUGCUGGCAUCACCAAGUAUGUGGCCGAAGUCCUGCCAGGGAAGAGCCAGAGAGCAGUGAGCAUGGCCAGCGCAGCGCGGGAACUGGUCAUCCAGCGCCUGGGGCUGGUCAGGAGCCUGUGUGAGACCGAGGAACAGCGGCUGCUGGAACAGGUUCACGGUGAAGAGGAGCGGGCCCACCAGAGCAUCCUGACACAGCGAGUACACUGGGCCGAGGCUCUGCAGAAGCUCGACACCAUCCGCACCAGCCUGGUGGACAUGCUCACCCAGAUGGACGACCUCCAGCUGAUUGUAAGUCAGGCAAGGAAAGAGCAGGAGAUUUUUGAGAGGACUGAGGAAGCAGAGGGUGUUUUGGACCCCCAGGAGUCGAAAAAGUUAAGCUUUGAUGAGAAGUGUGCAUGGAGCCCUCUUCUGACCCAGCUCUGGGCGACAGCAGCUCUUGGCUCCCUCUCAGGCACAGACGAUGUGCGUAUCAACGAGAGAACUGUCAGCCCCUUCCUGCAGUUGUCGGAUGAUGGAAGGACCUUAACCUUCAACGCCAAGAAGUCCAAGGCCUAUGCGGAUGGCCCAGAGCGCUUUGACCACUGGCCCAACGCCCUGGCCACCACCUCCUUCCAGGCUGGGCUGCACGCCUGGGUGGUGAGUGUGCAGAACAGUUGCGCCUACAAGGUAGGCGUGGCCUUAGGCCAGCUGCCCCGCAAGGGUUCUGGCAGUGACUCUCGUCUGGGCCACAAUGCCUUCUCCUGGGUCUUCUCCCGCUACGACCAAGAGUUCUGUUUCUCACACGACGGGCAGCACGAGCCGCUGGGGCUGCUGCGGUGCCCGGCACAGCUGGGCAUGCUACUGGACUUGCAGGCCCAGGAGCUGCUGUUCUACGACCCAGCCUCGGGCACGGUGCUCCACACCCACCGCGCGUCCUUCCCUGGGCCCCUCUUCCCAGUCUUUGCUGUGGCUGACCAGACCAUUUCCAUUGUCCACUGACCUCGGGCACGGGGGAGGCCAGGUAUGCCUCCCCACCCACCCUUGCAGGCCACGUUUCCACCCAGUAUCCUUUUCCCAAAUGUUACCUGUGGCCACUGGGUGGCUUUAGGAGGGGUUGGCAACCAUUUCAGAUCUGGGUGCAACCAUGAAAUGCUGCUAUCUGUGGGGAACCUGCAGCUCCCUGGGCUCAGCCUCCCAAAUGCACCCUCUGAGGCCGUCUCGUGUGCUGCUUCAUCUCUGCCCCCCAGCGUGGUGCCUGAGUGUGCAGUAUGCAUUUGAUGAGUGAGUGGGUGGGCAGAUGGGUGUGUGUAGAAGUGGUUCUCUGGCAGAAAAGCCUGUGGCCAAAGUCCUUUCCUCCCCUCAAUUCAGCGCUUUCCCGUCCCUUUCAUGACCUGGCUCCUACAGAAAUAUUUUUCUAGCACACGAGGACAGUCUGGAAGGGAUUUAGAGCUCCUGUCAGGCUGCUCUGGUGAGAGGGCUCUAGCCUGGGGAGCUGUGUCCUCUCCCUAGUCCUACCUGGCCUCUCAGAAGACCGAGGAAGUCUUAUCUCCAGGUAACCUGGCUGCAACACACCCAUCAGCAGCUCUGCCUUGGAUCUGGCGGCUGACCUCCAGCCUGUGCCCACUGCACCAACAGGGACAAACUGCCCCCCCCCCCACCAAGGGCAGCUGAUGCGUGUGGCAACUGAUGGCCCCUUCCGACAUCAUGUGGAGACCUGGGGCAAGAACCUCAGCUAGAAAAAGCUGAGGGAGUUAGAGGGCCGGCCUUAGAGCAGUGUAUGUUAUUAAAGGUUUUAAAAGAUUGGAAAAUUACUCCCAAGUUCUUUGUUGGUAAUUGGGCAAGCCCCACAAGGGCCAGCUCAAAUCCUAGAGUGCGUUUACUGAGAAUUCGAUGUCCUCCUCAUCCUCACGCGCGCUCCUAGAUGUGAGCAGGUGGCCGAGCUCAGCACACACAUCCUAUAGGACUGGAGUCUGCUCUGCGCCCUGCAUUGCUGGGGCCAAGGGCAAGUCCCUUCCUGGUCACUAAGGUCACGUUAGAGCAGUGGUCCUCACAUUUUUGUUUUAUUGGAGAACAGUUGAAAGGCCAUCGUACCUACAACUUCAGGCUCCUGGGCUCCAAGGUGGGGCCAGAGCCCGCCCCACUCUGGAAGUGUGCCCAGCAAUUUACUGGAAACAAUGGGUGGAUCAAACCCAGUCCACAAACCUACUGGCAACUUAUUUUUGGUUGCAGUGACUUCUGAGGCCCUUGUGGCUCUAAGACCACAGCUUAUGACCCUGUCCUCACUGCCUGACACUCAAGAAGUUGUCUGAGAAGAGUUUCCCUGUCCCUAAACCACAGUCAAAGCCAAAUUCUUCCAGAUGGCACCCGAAGUCCCUUACCCCAUGCUCCCCAAACUAACAGUCCAAUUGCCCACAGCAGCCUUCAGGCCCCAGUCCACAGGCUGCUGCUGGGGAUACCUUAUCCUUCUGCCCAUUGAAAUGCCAAUCCCGCCCUGGCUGGUGUGGCUCAGUGGAUUGAGUACCAGCCUGAGAACCAAAAGGUUGCUGGUUCAAUUCUAAUCAGGGCACAUGCCUGGGUUGCAGGGCCCUGUGAAAGGCAACCACACGUUGAUGUUUAUCUCCUUCCCUCCCCUUCUCUCUGAAAAUAAAAUAUUAAAAAAAAAAAUGCCAGCCCAAGUUCAGGGUCCACUCCAGAGUCUUUCCUGGCUGUUGGUACAAGAACAUAACAUGCAUGUCCCUGUCUGUGCUUUUUGCCUGCAGUGUCCCUUGUGUGUGGCACUGGCUAGGGCGCAGGGGUCAGUGAGGAGGGGAAAGGCAGGAAGAGACCUGGAAUUGAAAAUACCCAGCCUACUCUUCAGCCUCUGUAAUUCUCCCCACAUUCACACUUCUGCCUCCUUGGGCUCCGGUCCCCAUUCCCUGCGCUUUCCUCCCCACAUGCCAACCCCCGAUGACUGGGGUGUCCUUGUCCUUCGGACUAAAAUCCUUUAAGACACCUUCCCUAUUCUCCCAGGAUCUCCACUGCACUGUAUCUCGUGACAUGGAUCCCUUUCUACUUGCAACCUUGUGGUCUAACCAAUGGGCUUUGCAGUCAGACAUGCCUGAAUUGGAACCCCCUCACGUACUAGCUGUGCCCUCUGGCAGACGAUGUAACCUCUGAACCCCUUGUAAAGUGCAGUUCACACUAGCUGUGCCCACUAGGUAGCUCUGAGGGCUCUAUAUGCAUGUAAAGGACCAGCAGAGUGCCUAAGACGUGGCGGGGUGGGGGGAGAACCAUGUUUCUUCUUGUGACUGGAAUUGUGGUGGUCCGUGUCGAAAAUCUCCCGUUUAGUCUCCAUGGUCCUAGAGCACAUUUCCAGCUGAAUCUCCUCUGACCUCAGGCUUUGAGGGGUCGGAGGUAACUAGGAAAAGUACAGGAAAUUCCAUAGAUUCAGUUAUGUUAAACAAAGGUUAUUUUGACCAGGAGAGCCAUUAAUCAGAC